UAUAUUUUCUUUUUAUUUUUUUUUCUCUGAUGAUUGAUUGAUUGAUUGUUCUGUUCAUCGUCUCUGUAGUUCCUUAGAUCUGAAGAUUCAAUUUUUUGUUUGAGGUUUGCUUGGAGAAGUGGAAAGAUCAUCGGCGGAGAGUACUGCGAUGGAUGAUUUUCCAGGUCUGUUAUCGAGGGAUUUCGGAUUCAAACCCCAAGGCAGACCUGCUCCGCCGCGAAAUUCUCCCGCCGCUGAUGACUAUGGGUUAAACUUCGGCCUCCGGUCCGAUUUCAACCGAUCCUCGUCGUCUUCUCGUAGUCGCACGGCGAAUCCGUCGCCGGUUUUCGAUGAUCACGGCGGCGGCGGAGGCGCGGCGGAUGACAGCCUCCUCUUCAACGACGUGUUCGGCGGACCGCCGAAAUACGCCUCCUCCGAGUCUCAGGCGACGGCAUUUGACUACGAAGAUGUGUUCAAGGACCAGAACCGAUCCAAGUCCUCGUCAAUGCCGGUGUACGACAAGCCCGUAUUCGACGAGGACGUUUUCGAGGGAAUAUCGGGGAACAAGAGCGCUUCCACCGUAUCAUCGACCCAGUACGGGGAUGUUUUGGCCUCGGGGUCUCCGCGUAAGCCGAAGAAGCAUGACAGCUCGGCUUUUGAUGAUCUGUUGGGGAAGUUCGGGAGGAAAGACGCAGAAGCGAAGAAGAUGGGUGGAGCCAUAAAUGAGAAGAAAGAUUAUUCCAACUUCGAUGAUCUGAUCCCCGAAUUUGGUCGCAGAAAUUUGCACGCUAGCAAAAGACUGAUGCCAGAAUUGAAAAAGUCUCAAAAUUCCUAUCAUGAUAACACCAAAGUAUCUUCCAGUUCGGUCGAAGACCCAUUUGAAACACUAGAGUCAACAACAAUCCCAGCAGUCUCUUCAUCAGGAAUUUUCACUGAUCCGUUGGAGGAUAUCGGCAGACAAAGUGGCACCAGGAGCAAAAAAACAGAUCACGCUUCUGUCCUAGGUGGAGUGUUUGACGAUCUAGAUCCACUUGAGAAUCAUGGGAAAUCUAGGCCCGGCCUCAACAGGAGAGGGAUGGAUACAGCUCCCAUGAGAACUGAGAGCACUAACGGUACACAAUCACCGGUGAAAAACUCUGCGGGUCAGUGGCAGAAAAGAGAUCCUCAUCAGUUGCCAGUCAAUUUUCCAUCAGUGUCUGUUGGUCGAGGUGCUAGUUCGAAUGAAGUAAAUUCGAUGGUGAAUCCUACUUCAAGCUCAAGUGGCAAAUUUGAUUCUUCUGAUGACGUGUGGCUUACUGUUUCCGAGGUUCCACUUUUCACACAACCCACCGGGGCUCCACCGCCUUCAAGACCUCCGCCUCCUAGACCAACAAGACCUAAAAGGCCUGGCUCGGGUUCUUUUGCGUCUAGAAAUUCAAGACAGACAAAGAAUGGGUUUUCAUCUUUAGAAAAUUCUGCCCAUUCUUACAGCCCCACCUCUGCACAUCCAUCUGGGAGAACCUCUGUCACCUCUCAACUAGAUGAACUUGAAGAUUUUGCUACUGGCAAGGCUCAUGGUAAUGCUGAAGAAUUUUCUGGUGAAGAUUUAGUAAACCCUGCUGCUGCUGCUAUGAAGGAGGCUAUGGAAAAAGCAGAAGCCAAAUUCAGGCAUGCCAGGGGGGUGAGGGAAAUAGAAUAUCUCAGGUCAAAUAGAAGCAAAGAAACUGUUCAGUCGGAAAAAGAUGAUUAUAUAGACAAAGAACACAGGGAAACACAAGAGAGGUUAGAUCGUGAAAAAAGACAAGGGCUAAGAGAGGAGGAAGAGAAUGAAAAGAGGCGAUUAGAGAAAGACCGGGAAGAGAGAGAAAGGGAACAAAGAAGAGCUGAGAGAGAGCGAAUUGAGAAGGAGAGGGAACUGGCCAGACAGGCUGUACAAAGGGCUACUAGAGAAGCGCGAGAAAGAGCGGCGGCUGAGGCUCGUGCAAAAGCUCAGAAGGCUGCUGCCGAGGCUCGAGAACGUGCAGAAAAGGCGGCAGUUCAAAGAGUGCAGUCAGAAGCACGCGAAAGAGCUGCAGCAGCGGCAAGGGAAAGGGCAAACGCAGAAGCAAGGGAAAAGGAAACACGGGCUAGCGUGGAACGUGCUGCAGUACAGAGGGCAGCUGCAGAGGCACGUGAAAGGUCAGCAUCUCAAGCUCGGGAAAAUAUGCGAAAGGAUGAUGACGAUCUUGAAUCCAUCUUUAACAGGGGUUCUAAAUCAAGCAGCUCACCAAGGCCGAGGGGCAAUUUUACUGAUCCCCUAUUUGACACGCAGAACCAGAGAGGGCAUCCUGAUUCGUCCAGAACAUCUGGUGGAACCUCAACGAGCAAGCAGAAAACAUCUUCUUCAGCCAAUUUUGUUGAUGACCUUAGUUCAAUUUUUGGAGCUGCUCCGUCAUCUGACGAGUUCCGAGAAAUCAAUGGAGAAACUGAAGAGAGAAGAAGAGCUAGGUUUGACCGCGAACAGAGGACAAAGGAACGAGCUGCAAAAGCAUUGGCGGAGAAAAACGAGCGCGAUCUUCAAGCACAGAGAGAACAAGCAGAGAAAAAUAGAAUUGCUGAAACUCUGGAUAUGGAGAUAAAGCGUUGGGCUGCAGGGAAGGAAGGAAAUCUGCGUGCUCUUCUAUCAACACUCCAAUACGUGCUAUGGCCGGAUUGCGGGUGGCAGCCCGUGUCUUUAACCGAUCUGAUAACCGCUGCAAUGGUGAAGAAAGUUUACCGGAAGGCAACAUUGUGCAUUCACCCCGAUAAGGUGCAACAGAAAGGCGCUAAUCUUCAGCAGAAGUACAUAGCCGAGAAAGUGUUUGAUCUGCUCAAGGAAGCAUGGAACAAGUUCAACUCUGAGGAGCUCUUUUAAAAGCUUUUCUCCGACUGCAUAUCCGUCGCCACAGAGAUCGUAGCUUAUAAACCGAUUCCCCAAAACGUUUACCUUCCCGGGAUUUCCUUUCGGGUUUUCCCCCGCGAUUCUGCGGGAAGUUUCGUGGGGGAUAGAGCCGAGGUGACGCACCAGCUGGAGAAAAAGGUUCAUUCUUUAUACUCACUUCCCUGAUACACACAACCUCAGCUCAUUAGCAAUAGGGGGUGAAGUAAAUUUUUUGGUUCCAAAAUAAUUCUUUUGGGUCUGAAUGAUUCUUUGGGGGAUGAGGAAUUGGGAAAUAUCAGCAAAAAUUUAACAUUAUGCAUUUUGAUUACAAAAAAAAAAAAAAAAAGCGUCGUGGACCGACCGAGCACUCAUUGCUUAUGCUCUGUAUUGUUUUUAUUUCUAAGUGUUGAAUAAAUGUGAAUUACUCA